UAGCAGCCACGUCUCGGGGUCAGGUGCACAGAUAUGGGUAACCCAGAUAGAUAGGUGAACGUGGGCGUGCAGUGAGAACAGGCUCAGAUAACGCCGGCGGGCUACAGCGGACAGCACUGCAGGCUUGUUAGCUCCCGUUCCUUUGCAUCUGGUCUUCCUACAAACAAAGCGAGGGUUAGCUAGCGUCGGUGUGCAACUUCCUCCCCAUAACCCACUCGCCGCUGUCUCGUCGACCAGCUGGGUGGAUUUUUUUCAGUCCAAGCUGAAGCAUCCAGGUUCCGAGAGAGAGAAAAUGAUAUCUGUUCUUUCCAGCUGCUGCGGAGGAGAACCGGUCCUAAAAGCAUUCCCAGCAGCCACUGCGCCACCGAGGGGACUGCUCCGUUGCUGGACCCAUCAGAAGAUGGACUAAGCCUUUAAAAAACUUCGCCAGCGCCUCACCUCUCCUCGUAUCACCCACCUGUUGGGCCCCCGGAGGGGCCCCUCGGGCAGCAAGCGGGAUGCCCAGCAGCAGGCAGACUGCCAGGCACCCGGUGUGGCGCUUCCUGUCGCCGUUCGGCACCCGACAGGAACGAGUGGUGCUGGCCCGAAGCGAGAGCUUGCCAGGGGAGCAGGUGCUGAAGAUCACGGUCACCGAGACCACGGUGAUCGAGGCGGAGUCCGGGGUGUGGAACUGGCGCUCCCUGACCUACCUGGGCCUCUGGUACUUCUUCAGUUUCUGCACCCUGUUCCUCAACAAGUACAUCCUGUCACUGCUGGAGGGGGAGCCCAGCAUGCUGGGUGCUGUUCAGAUGCUCUCCACCACAGUCAUUGGCUGCCUAAAGAUGUUUGUCCCCUGUUGCCUGUACCAGCACAAGUCCAGAACCGAGUACCCCCCCAACUUCAUAAUGAUCAUGCUAUUUGUCGGACUCAUGAGGUUCACCACAGUUGUUCUGGGCUUGGUGAGCCUGAAGAAUGUGGCCGUGUCGUUUGCAGAGACAGUGAAGAGCUCCGCGCCAAUCUUCACUGUCAUCAUGUCCAGGCUGAUCCUCGGGGAGUACACGGGGCUGUGGGUGAACCUGUCCCUGUUCCCUGUCAUGGCCGGCCUGGCCCUCUGCACAGCCACAGAGAUCAGCUUCAACAUGCUCGGCUUCUCCGCCGCGCUCUCCACCAACAUCAUGGACUGUUUGCAGAACGUAUUCUCCAAAAAACUGCUAAGUGGAGACACAUACAAGUUCAGCCCUCCAGAGCUGCAGUUCUAUACCAGUGCAGCAGCAGUCAUCAUGCUUAUACCUGCCUGGGUGUUCCUCUUGGACAUUCCAGUUAUUGGGAAGAGCGGCCGGAGCUUCAUCUUCAGUCAAGACAUUAUCCUGUUGCUGCUUUUCGACGGCGGCCUGUUCCAUCUGCAGAGUGUCACCGCCUAUGCUCUCAUGGGACGGAUCUCCCCAGUUACCUUCAGUGUCGCCAGUACUGUCAAGCACGCCCUGUCAGUGUGGCUGAGCAUCAUCGUGUUCAGUAACCAGAUCACCAUCCUCAGCGCCACUGGCACUGUCCUUGUGUUUGUCGGGGUCUUCUUUUACAACAAGGCCAGGCAGAUCCAGAGGGAAACCUUACAGGCCAUGGCUGCUGAGCAGAACCACAAACCACUACUGCAGGACCAGGACUUCCAAGCUGCUCAGUCUCACUGAGGACUCAGCACUUAAGACUAAGAUGCUGCUUGAAAUGAAAUCAAGGUGUUAAAAUCCUGUUUGCUUACCUGUGGCUCUCCAAACAGCAUGACAGGAUUUUUCUAUGUUCUCCACCAUGUACACAUGACAGUGCAUAUUUUUUUCAGGUGCCAUUCAGUGUCACUGUCGUGUCUUUGAGCUUAAAGCAAACGCUGGUGACCGGCUCAGUAAGGUCGCCAAAGUUGGUCUGUUUGACAAAGCUUUCACUAGUCCUGUGGAACAGUAUAUACAGUAUUUCUUUGUCCCUAUCCUGACGACCUUACUUACACUUUAAUCAUCCUUGAUCCUUUGCUUUGUCUAAUAUUGGUCAGUAAAAGGGGAAGCUCAGGGUGUCCUUCAGCGUUUUGAAGGAAGUGACUUCUGUAAGCUUUUUGUCUUACCUUUGCAUUCCAGAGCGUGCUGGUUUCUCUCUCCUUUGUGGUACAGCAGCUGCUGAAUGUAUGCUAUUGUGAAUAUCUGUGGAGCAUUGAAGCUGUAAGAUAUUCAUUCCUGAUAGUGUAACCUACACUGUUUCAUACAAUGUAAAAUUUCUCGAUUGCAUCUGAAUACAAGAUGUGAAUAUAGGGCACAAGUGCCUGAGAUGUGAGGCUGUUGGGAGGCUCGUCCGGCCAAAGCGUAGACUGACCGUCUGACACAUUUGUAAACAAUGUGUGAAACAUUUGGAAGCCACAUACUGCAUUCUAGGAAUGCUCAUCGUCUCUCAUUACCUGUUGUGGGUGUAUUUAGGGAUUAAUGUACUUGCAUUUUCUUUUUGUUAUUCUUUGUAAACUGACUCACCCCCGGUGCAUGCUGGGAUAGCAGUCCUGGCGACCAUGAUCAGGAAAAGGGGCAUGGAGAAUGAAUGGAUGGCCAAGGUGCUGUUUAUCACACAUUCAGGAUGUUAAAGAGAAAAGGUUUAUUACAAGUUUCGGUUUUGAUUUUGUAGCUCAGAUCGAUUAUGUCGGACAGCCAGAUGAUGUUUCAAACAAACCCCAAGUCAGUAAAAUAAGAAGGUGAACGGUAAAAUUCCCAUACAAACUGUCCGUAUUAUCAUCCAUCAGUGUUUACAAGAAACUUCCUGGUUCAACUUUUGUUUGAAUUUGCGUCUUGUGCCAAGAGGGAUUACUGACAUUAAAAAUGUUUUACCUCCAAAUAAAGUCGUAGAUUAUGUUUGUUUUAAUAGUCGCCUGAUUUAUUGGACGGCCCGUUGGAUGUAUUUUAGCAAUGUCACUGUGUUCUAAGAUCUCAGGUGACUGCUGUGUUGUUAUAAGCAACUAUAAAACCUAAAUUCUAAUAAAACCAGUUUUCUUUUAAACAAAAAAACUUUAGGACACAUGCUUUAAAACAGGUUCAAACCUCUGUCAUUUAUACUAGUAGGUUUUAAUGUAAAACCUGUCUCUAUGGGCUAUCUUGUAGCCUCUUUAAAACAACACAACAAACAUCAGCUGUUCAUGAAUAAGUUCAGGAUAAGAGCUGCAUCACAAAAUGAAAAUUCCCAUUCAGUAAGUGUUGCCAGUGCUUCCCUAUCUGUCCUCACGAGUCUCAUUUCAGCUUCUGUGGUGUAAGUGAAGCUUCUCCCAGAGAUGUCUCUUCCAUAUAAACAAAUUAGUGCCACUAUUACACCUUUCCAAAAAUAGCUGCACGGUGCCAAUAAUGUAAUAAUAACAGUACAUGCAGUAUGAAUCUUAUUAUGAGCAUACUGCUUGUAGUCUCCUACUCUGCUCGUGUGUGUCCAGGCUUCUCUCCCAAUUUUGCUGACGGUUACUGACAUAACACAGUCCAUUGGGUGUCUGAUAGGACAUAUCUGUAUUAAUCAUUGUCUGAUAGCUAUUUUUUUUUUUUUUUCAAAAGCAUUUUAGUAUUCAUUUGUUUGCUUUAAUUUU